AGGGGUCAGGAAUUACUAGCCCCGAUCCCGAGUAAGAGCUAGUUUUCAAGUUUAGUUGAGUUGUAAAGCCGGGCUGUCAACCGGGCGAGCAGCGCUAGCUGGUACGAGUACGUGAAGCUCUGGAAACAACUGACAAUCGGUCUGUCGACCAUUAUUGUUAGUACUCAUUUGUUUUAAGUUUGUGUUGUGUUUUAGAGCACACGAGUAUGUGAUUCAACGCGAAUUUGACAGAAAACCGUCGAUAAUAAUACACCAAAGAAGGAAAUAGUAUUUGGAGAAGAAUUUUAAGCCUUGUAGUUGUGUGUGGUGAUUAUUGGUUCACUGACUCUUCUGUUUUGUGUGGGAGUGGGCUUUCAAGAUCAUGGUAACGUCACCCAUCAAUGAUAUCUUCAUAUCCAGGAGUAACCCACCUUGAACGAAAAGGGAUAGUUGCAGAGCUUGUCGUUCUUUUCCAUAACUAGUGGGUCGAGACACGUGUUUCCAAUUGAAUAAUGAAGACAUUACGAUGAAACUCUUUACCUCACGUAGCUACAGACUUGAAAUUCGGUUGAAACUUAAGAGACAACUUCUUGUGAUUGUGGUUUUGUUUUUGUGUUUGCCAGUGGAUUCUUUUUAUUUACAAAUAAAAGAAAUGGAAGCAAUUUCCAUGUCGACUUUAUUUUGUUUUAAAAAAACACUAACCAAAAGAUCAACCGCUGCUUCAAGAACUUUCCAGUCUAUCCAGUAAAACCGAACUUAAAUGCAUUGUUUACUGUAUUCAUGUGCAAAAGUUUAGGAAAGAAUUAUAAAACACCUGUCGUUCUCCGUCAUAAACAAACUUAUUUAUAAAUGUAACAUAGACAUGGUGCAGCGUUGUUGGGAUGUUUAACCCAGUGACAGUCUUGUUAGUACAUGAAUCUGGACGUAGUGAGGGAACAAUUUUUAAUUUGAAUGAUAAUGCCCGAAAAAGAGGCAUUCCAUCAUGUUCAUUCUUCGGCUUCCGCAGGCUUACCACUCCAGUUCCCGUCAGCCUUUGCGGCUUUCCAUGCGCCCCUGCCGGUGGAUCAACGCACUCAUGAGGGACGCUACAUCUGGGACCCUGCGUCGGGGCGCGUCGUUCACCCCGGUACCCCGACAGGUGCCUUCCAUCACCCUGCAGCUCAUGGGUUGGCAAGCAGUGGCUCGGCAUCCAGCCUCUCGGAACUGCAGUUUCUGGCGGCGUCUCGGCGAGCCGCUGCCGCCGCUGCUGGGGCGGUGUUGCCCCCAGGAGCUGGCGGGGGUGCCGGGGCUACAGGGGGUGGCGUAGCUGUUCCACCACCACCACCACCACAUCAUCCCCCGGGCCCCGACUUUCACCCCGCGUACAGGCUCAAUCCUUACAUGGAGCAUCUGUACUCCUCCCUCCAGCAGCAUUCUAGUCCAGCCGCGUCCAUCCACGGUUUGGGCCUCCCACCGGACUAUUUGGGUUCACGUGCCCUUACUGAACUGCAGCCUCCGGCUUCUACAAUCGGCAGUUCAGAGUUUCCUUUCUCUAUAGACGCGAGUUCCCGGCUGACAAGUCCUCGACCCAGCAGCUUGAGGCAGAGCCGGAAAAGGGCUCUGUCGUCGUCGCCAUAUUCGGACUCAUUCGACAUCAACUCGAUGAUCCGCUUCUCUCCGAACUCUCUGGUGUCGAUAGUAAACGGAUCUCGAAGCUCCAGUGCCAGCGGUUCUUACGGUCAUCUUUCGGCAGGGGCAAUCAGUCCAGCGCUGGGGAUGCACCCAGGCAUGGCACCCCAUCUGCAGCAGCUUCAAGCACAUCUCCUGAGAACAGCAGCAGGGAGCCUGCUGCCUCCACUGCCACCUCAUCCUCAAGCACAAACACAGGCUCCAGGAGGGCUCUUCUCUCUACCUCAUCAUCCGUUGCAGCCUUCCACAGGACAUUCCAUAUCAAAAACAGAGCGGUUGUCGGGAGACGCGUGCAAGAAGCUGGAUUCCUCUGUCUCUAGUAGCGUGGUGGAGGCAGACACAAGUGCUGCAGGUGGGGGACCUCUGAACCAGAAGAAAGCAAGGAUAAAGAGGGAACCUGUUGCUGCUAAUGUUAAUCCCACAAGUGCAGUUGCAGGACCUGUGAUUGGAGGACUUGGUUCUGACUGCAGUAGCAGUAAAUGCUCUCCAGGUGGUGCUGAUUCUGGAGAGACCCUCAAAGAUGAACCUGGAGAUUUCAUCGAAACAAACUGCCAUUGGCGUGAAUGUGGUCUUGAAUUUCCUACACAGGAUGAUCUCGUAAAGCACAUCAACAAUGACCACAUUCACGCAAACAAAAAGUCAUUCGUUUGCCGGUGGGAGGAUUGUUCACGAGAUGAGAAGCCAUUUAAAGCUCAGUACAUGCUUGUGGUGCACAUGCGGCGCCAUACUGGGGAGAAGCCUCAUAAGUGUACAUUUGAAGGGUGCUACAAGGCUUACUCAAGGCUAGAGAAUCUCAAAACACAUCUGCGAUCCCACACUGGAGAGAAACCAUACAUGUGUGAAUACCCUGGCUGUAGUAAGGCUUUCAGCAAUGCAUCAGAUCGUGCAAAACAUCAAAAUCGCACCCACUCAAAUGAGAAACCAUAUGUAUGCAAAGCUCCUGGUUGCACAAAGAGGUACACAGACCCCAGCUCUCUCAGGAAGCAUGUAAAAACUGUGCAUGGCCCAGAGUUUUAUGCCAACAAAAAGCACAAGGGUCCAGGUGAUGGGACUGAGGAUGGCUCUAGUGGAACUGGUGGCUUACUGGACAGCAGUCCUCACAGUGAGGAGAUGAUGAGUGGCAAGACCGCCAGUUUGUCUAGUCCAAGCGUCAAGUCCGAGGAGGCCAGUUCACCUGCUCAACAAGGCAGUCCUCUCAGUGUCACUCAGCAUGCUAACAAUGGUUUGGAUGAGCCAGUCAGUGACUCCAAUGUCAGCACAACCAAUCAUGCUCUAGCAGCUGUGGAGGCAGGAGAAGAAUGGGUAGAUGAGGGUGAAGAACUUAAGCUGCCAGAUCUCCAUCUUUCUGUGAGGGCUGUUGUGGGUGGAGGAUCAGACCACUUAGCACCACCAACAGAGCACACCCCACAGAGGAUCAAGAGGCUUCAAACAAAAGUCAUUGCAACACUACCUCCACUACCAAAUAUUUCAGGUGUGAGAAGAGGAAUUCAUCUAGGUGACCUGCCCAAGCAUUUCACCGAUCUCAAGAUGGACGGCUCAAAGAGUAGUGCAACUGUAACACAGACCCAGCUGAUAGACUUGCAACUUAACUUGACUCCAGGUCAGACAAGUGCUCAGAGACAGACACAACAGGCAAUUUUUCGGCGGGACAGCAACUCCACAGUCAGCACUUAUUAUGGUAGCAUGUGCUCAGGAGAAAUGGGCUCUAGUCGACGCAGCAGCCAAGCUUCUCAGGCAUCAGCAUUGUCUUGUGCAAGACCUGGAAGUGGGCACGUAGGCUCAUCCUGCGACCCAAUCUCUCCUGGCAGCUCAAGACGGUCAAGUCAGCUCAGCAACACAGGAGUAACCAGUGUGGGUCACAGUGUAUCCCAUUUAUUGCCUUCUGGCAUGAGCAGCCAUCUGCAACGCUUACACACACGGGUUCUUGGUGGACAUCAGGACCCUCUUUAUUGUACCUCUAACCUUGUUCUGCAGACACAACACAUGUCACUGCAACAACAGCGGCGGCAGCAACAAUUACAGCAGCAUCAGCAGCAACAGCGUCAACAUUAUCAUAAUCAUCAUAAUCCAGGUACUGGAAGUUGGUUUCAACCAUCAGCUGGUAGCAACAGUUCCACAAGUGCAGUGGAUUGCCGACGAAUGUCAGAACCAUGUCGAGGAGGGUCAGAAAGAUCUACACCGCCUCCACCUCGACCUCACAGUGUUGUGUUGCCUCCAAUUGCACGCGGUCAGGAGCAUCAUCCUAAUCAGGAAGUGGUUCUGGAUGAAGUGGCUGAGGGAGAGAUGGUAGAGAAGAACUUGGUGAUUCCAGAUGAAAUGUUACACUUCCUUAGUCAAGUGGUAGAUAAUGGAAAGGACGAGAGUUUAAGCAAACCUUUAGCCAAUGCAGCCAACACUGCCCAUGUGUUCCAACCACCAGCCUGCAAUAACUACCAGCAAGGAAACUUCCCUGGCAGCUACCCAGGGCGACAAAUGCCACCUAACAAUCCAGCAAGUCCUCUUGCAUCUUACAAUCAAUCUGUACCAAACUAUCCUCUCCCAGUCACUUCUAAUGGCCUCACAGGCCAGUCCAUUCCAGCAAGUCCAGCUUCUGGAAAUACUAUGUAUUGCCAUGCAAUGCCAAUAGCCAACAGCCCAGUACAGGGACCUCCCAGUGCCAUGAUGGGUCAAUCUGCACCCUUAAACAACCCACCACAAAACAGUGGAUACAGUAAUGUAACAUUGCCUGUGAUGAACAAUCAGUGUCAGUCUAUGAUGAAUGGCACUGGGUCAUGUCAGCCAGUACCAGGUGUGGGUUAUAAUGGAUCUUCUGUGCCUAUAGUCAAUAGUUCAGGCCCAUGCCAACAAGUUAUGAACAGCCCAGGACAUAGUGGUUCUAUACCAAGUGUUGCCCAGACAAACAUGCCUGGAUUUAUAAGUCCCACAAUUCCACUGGGAAAUAAUUCAACACAGUGCCAUUCAAUGCCAAGUCCAGCACAAGCCAGCAUUGGGUACCUUGGUCCUUCUGUACCAACAAGUCCAGCAAAUUGCUAUGGUGCUGGAGGACAGACUCCACAACAGCUAAGUCAGCAGCCCCUCACAAGCCCUGCUGCAGGAGCUCCUGCACCCCAACAAGCCAGCAACUGCUGGCAACAAAAUCUGCAGAUGAUGCAAGCAGCUCAGAUGUCCCGUGGCAGUGCAGUUUACCCUGGUGCUGCCCCUAUGCAGCACCAUGAUAAUAUGAAUCAGCAACCAGUUCAGUACAAUGGUUGCUACCAGCAGCAACUGCAACAGGUGGGACCAUGUGCAAACUGCACACAUCAUCACCAUCAACAUUACCAGCAGCAGCUUCAUGCAAGUUGGAACAACUAUAGUCAACAGAUGCCUCCACCACCAUACCAACAACAAUCACAACAGUUCACAAGUCCUCCAUGUCCUGUCCGGUCACAACCUCCUCCAUGCAAUAACACCAAUCCUGGACUUAUUUCCAUUCCAGGCUCAUCCUCUAAUCAACAACAUAGUAGACCUGCUUCCAAUAGUGGGCACAGUAUUCAUAACAUGUCAUAUCAUUCCCUUGGGAAUAACAAUGUGACAGAAAUUCAGUGCCGGGACAUCAGCCAGUCAUCCCCAAAUAAUGGCAGUGGGAUUCAGGUAAAUGUGAAUUCUGGCAGUAUGCCAGUCCUUACAGGAAAUGUGCGAGGGAUGAGGCAAGACACAUACCAGAGAACGCUUGAAUAUGUGCGACAGUGUCAGUCCUGGGCAGGCAGUGAUAUGGUGUCUAGCAGCACACAUCCUCUGGGCACAGGACCAGAAGCCUCCCCUCAUAAAGAUCCCUUACAAGGGUCCACAUCAAACAUGGUGAUAAAUGAUAUGACAUCAUCUUUAACAUCAUUACUGGAGGAAAACAGAUACUUACAGAUGAUCCAAUGAACAGAAGUAUUCUUCAUAAUAAGAGGACUAUGAAAUGUAAGUUUAUGAAGUGUUUAUUUUGAUAUAAGAAAUGAGUUAUAAACUAGAAUUGGUUCAUGGAGUACACAGGAAUAUUUUAUACAUAUUAAUUAUACUCAGGAUUUUUUUUAAACUUAGAAUUGCAUUUCACAAAUGUAAAACAUACUGUUGCAAGAUGAUCCAUGCAUCAAUAGAUACUGUUCUCCUGCGUAAGUCAAAUAACAAUUUCAUGCACUCUACUCUCUUUUUAAAUAAGCCUUUUUCAUAUUUUUAACUUGCUUUUUGCAGCAAAUCUCUACAAUAUGAAGAGAAACAAUCACAAUAUUUUUUAUUUACUUUGUUAAUUCUUCAUAUUUGCCUUUUCCCUUUUGAAAUAUGAACUUGCAGUUAAGAUCAAAUUCUUGUUACAUUCUAAAGAAUAAUUUUAUUAAUUGUAUACAGAGAUACAGAUCAAUGAUGGAAAGUGUACCAUUUCCCUAGUUCUUAUUUAAGAAUUACGAGUAAAGCCUGAAAUUAUGUCAGUGGUAUGAUUUGUAUUUUUGACUGAGUCACUGAAGAACUAAAAUUUCUGCCAAGGGAACUAAUGGCCUUCUGCAGCAUUUUAACCUAGCAUAAUGAAAUUAAUAAUGGAAUUGUGCAAACUUUUUCCCAUGAAAAAACACUAAAUUUUAUGGUAGAUGUUGGUUAAUAGAAUUUUGACCAUUAGUGUGUGUCUUAUGCUCAAGAGUAUGGAAACAAUACUAAACCCAAGUCCAUCAGAGGCCACAAUAUUUUGUUAUGUCCAUGCUUUUGUGGCAAUAAAGUUUCCAGCAGAAAGACUGGCAGUACAUGCUGAAGUGCAUGUUAUUUGUUGUAAUACAGAGUAAAUAUCUACCUUAGGUUACACAGACUAAAGCAUUUUGUGUUUUUAAAACUACUCUCCAAAUGAUUGGAAUAGUUAAGUCUAACUGAAGAUGUGAAAAAUGCAGAUAUAACCCUAAAUAAAGAGUGCAAUUUCUUUUGUAUGUUCUAACAAUCAUAUCUAGUUAAUGUUCAGUAUUGAAGAUUGCAUGGCAGCACAUUAAUAAUAAUCUAUUUUUAUAUUGCAGUUCAGGUUAAACUGGUUCUGUGACUUAUAUGAAAAAUAACUAUUUAAAUAAUACUUUCAUGCAGAAACUUUUCUUGUUUUUACAAUUGAUGAGAAAGCAUUCAAUUAAAUAUACAUAACAUUUUAUUGGUCUUUGACUUACAUUUUAUUAGCUGCUACAUUAUGAACUUAACUGUAUUUCACAGACAGUUUCUAAACCCCAGUCGAGUAUUCUUUCUAUGGGUUAAUAAAAAAAAUUUCCUUUUGUACAAGUAUUUCAUAAAUUAAUUUUUACUAUAAAAUUAAGUAAAUGGAAGAAAAUAACCACAUACACAAAACAUCACUAAAAUAUCAGAAAAAAUUACAUAUCUGUGAUCGUAGUAUGUUGUUGUUAUAGGUGGACCAGAAAGAACACAAUGAGUGAAAUUUUGGUGGGAUCUGUAAAUUUGUAUACCUGAAUGUAUGUAUAAUGCCUCGUAUUAAGUAAAAAUUGUGAGAGCAUGUACUUGGCUUGUCUCAGGUUAAGUAUCAUAUGUACUGUAGUACAUGUACUCGUACAAAUGUUUUCAUUCUUGAAGUUGAAGCAAUGUGCCAAUAAAAACUUGUUUCUGCAGGGUAGGGUCAGCAUGUACCUGUGAUAGAACCUACAUUGAAAGUAUUGUGUAUUGCACAUGUAGAACUCAAUCCUUAAGGAAUUUUGUAACAAUUACAGAAACUGACAAGAAAGGUUUGCUCUUUCAUUUGUAUAUUUGUGUAUGUAUGCAAAUUGCAAAUGAACAGAACAGUUCAUUGUGAUUUAACUGUAUGUGGUACAAACAGUAACCUCACUGUAUCUAGUAAUACAAAUGGAUUUUAUAUUGGGAUGGAAGACAAGUGGAUGUACUCCAAGUGCCAUACCAUUAGAUUACUUACUUUGUAAAUAGUAAUCCAUAACAUCUUUUCAUAUUUUUAAGUUCAAAUGAACUCUGUAUAUGUGGCAACUUGAAAUUAAAAUGUAUAUUGUCUAUAAAACUAGUAGUACAUUUUUUUAGAAUAACUUUUCCCACUGACACGGUUACCUUUUGUUUUCUUUUUCACACAGUAUUGAGAUGCCACACCUGUAUGUGACAGAAUGGGCAGAAAGGCUGUUACAAGUGUAGGUUAAGGCUCAGAUAUCACUGAAUACUCCAACACUAGAAUGUCUAAUUUAGGAAUUAUAUUUAAAUUAUUAUGAUUAUACUGUUCUGAAUUAUAUGAC